CGACGUUUGGCAUUAACCGCAGGAAAAUAGUACCAUUGAUAUGACCUGACAAUAUAGACCUGAGUGAAAAAGAACAAGUGCCGUAGAAGCCCUCGCCCACCUCGAGUCAAUCCGCUUCACUCUUGGGCCCAUCCGGACACGCAUGCACAGGCUGCAGAUCUAUAGUCGUCCACACUUGCGGCAAGUCGUCCGCCCGUAUCGUCACUUGGAUUUGCCGAAUGCGUCAUUGAUCGCUCGUCACAUUUUCAACAUCCCAGGAUUAUCUCGAAACAUCCACAAAACCAUGACAGAAACGCUCCCUCAGCUUCCUGAUAUCCAGCUACUAAGCACGCGCGUCCUCCGGGUCCUUGGAAAGAACCCUUCAAAGUAUACUUUACAAGGCAGCAACACGUUUUUAGUCGGCGAUGGCCGCAAAAGGAUCCUUAUCGACACUGGUGAAGGCAAACCGAUUUAUAGCGAGCUGCUGAAGCAAGCGUUGCAAGAGCAAAAUGCGACGAUCGAAUCGAUCCUUUUGACCCACUGGCACCAUGACCAUACCGGAGGCGUUCAGCAAGUCCUCGACCUCUGCGAUGAGCACAACAAGCCGACUGUAUACAAACACAAACCCGAGGCAGGCCAGACUGAUAUUGCCGACGGCCAAAUUUUUCGCGUUGACGGAGCGACGCUCCGUGCGUUCUAUUGUCCCGGACACACGAACGACCAUAUGGCAUUUAUCCUAGAGGAAGAAGAUGCCAUGUUCACCGGCGACAACGUCCUCGGGCACGGCACGACCGUCUUUGAAGACCUCCCUGCGUACAUGGACAGCCUGGAUCGGAUGCAGAAACAAUUCAACGGCUGGGCAUAUCCCGGACAUGGGCAGGUGCUUGGAGACGGUGUCUCGAAGAUCCGCGAGUACAUCACUCAUCGCAAGCAGCGUGAGGGCGAAGUAUUGAACGUGCUGCGGGAAGAGGCCAGUGGCAAUGAACAAGGCUGGCAGAGCAUGGAGAUCGUCAAGAUCAUAUAUCGCGACUAUCCUGAAGCACUCCACUUACCUGCGGAAGGUGGCGUGAAGCAGGUUCUGAAGAAGUUGAAGCUUGACGGGAAGGUUACGGAAUUGGAGAAUGGAAACUGGAAAUUAGCAGAAAAGGCGGCGCUAUGAAUUGCAUGUCGAAUGACGAAUAUGGUAUCAUGAUCUUUAUAAAUUUCUGUCUUUUUGUCAAUCAUGCAUCAAAAACGCAUUUGCCGCAGUCUUAUUAUACACGAGAGUCACAAUACGAAACUGGCGAGGACUUCAGACUGUUUCAAUGCCCCGUUCUGCAGUUGUGUUUCGACUCCGCUUACUCGACCGCCUCGAAUCCGACUCCACC